AAGCAAAAGUAAAACUACUGCAGAACAUUUUCACCUGCGAUUACUUUUUUCCAAAACAAGUCGAUAGUGCAUUACAUACGUAUCCUAGUCAAUUUUAUUUCAGUGUAAAGAAAGAACAAGAAGAUCGUCGUGUCGUGGCAGCACACCACCAACAGUAAAAUACUGAGGGCUACGAAGAGUACGGCAGUGAAUAACAACAACGAAUCAAUUCCAAGAACAACAACAAGCAGCGAGUCCCUGCUUCUUGAAGCCAAAAACCCCCGAACACCCGACGAUGGCCACCGCCAUUUUUCGUCCUCCGAUCCGCCAGGGUUCCGUCCCUGCGGUUCCGGCGAUGAAGAUGCAAAAGUCUUCCGGAAAUCUUUCCAACGCAAGCACGGCUGCCUCUUCCCCCGCAACGUCGCCGAGCAACUCCACGGCCGGGCUUCACGGCAAGGCGCGGAAGUCUCUCGCCGGCCACCGGUCCUCGGGCUCGCAGCUGGAUCUGGUGCGCCACUCCCAGCCGGAGUGGUUCGAACCCAAUAAGGACGCCAACCUCGGCGACGCGAUCACCUCCUGGGAACAGCUGUGCAAAACUUCGGUGACGAAAAAAGAUCCGUGCUUCGCCGUGUUCACCUGGACGAAGCGGUUCGAAAAAUUGGAGGUCUGCAAGGCCGGCGGACAUUCCGACGACUCCAGUCACCACGAGUGCAUGCUGGUUUCCGCGGACCUGUGCGCGAAAAACGAACCGCACUGGUAUUGGAUAGAGGGAUUUGAUUUAUGCAGCUAGAUACAACAGCCUCGAUGAUUUUCAAUAUACCAUGUCGGAAGCUCGCUAUAGAUUGUCACACAUAACAACUAGUAACGGAUUCUUGAAAUCACCAACUUCAGGUGUUCGUACACGGUCCGUGUGGUCCACAACGACAAGUCCGGUCAGCGACUCGACGAGAUGGUGCCCAUCGGGUUUUUCGUGUGCCCCAAGGACGCGUCCCCGAUGAAAAAGGCGCAGUGCAAGGCGUUGAAGCAGCGCAUUCGCAACACGGUGUUUAAGAAUUGCCAGCUGUUCUUCGACCACAUGCAGGAACCGAUCAACGCGAGCGACGAGCAGUUUGUGGAGCACGUCCUGAAACAGGCCACGACAGUGUUUUCUAACGUGGAGAAUAACGGCGAGAACAACAGUUCCGUCAACGGCAGGCUGUUCUUCAAAUCCGCCAAGGCGGGCUCGCAGAACUUCAAGUACCUGGAUUUCGGCGGAGGCCACAAGUACUCCGCGGCGGCGCCGUUUCGCAAAACCAUCAACGACGAGUUGGAGGUGUCGUACGACAAUAUGCAGCGGAAGCUGAUGCAGCGGCUCGCCCUGCAUCUGAUGGACGAGGAAAAGGCCAGCCGGGUGUCGCAGCAAAAGGCGGACGAGGAGAUGGCGGAAGAGUUGCGCGAGAUCGACCAGAACAAGGUGGCGCUCCAGUGCUGGAGCGAGCAAAACCGCAGGAUUAAGGAAUUUGGGACCGGGAAGGUGAACAAAGUCUUCGGGAAGGCGGCGUCCGCGGAGUGUCUGGAAAAGGCCAUGCACUCCCAGACCUUCAUGCGGUCCUUCGAGGAGCGGCACCGUCGCUACGGCCAGCAGCACGCAAAGGAAUUGUUAGACCAGGAACAGCUGGAACGGGUCGCGAAGCUGCAACUGAUCGACAAGAUGCAGGAGCAGCUGCGCCAGGAGAAGCAAACGCUGGUCAAGCGCAUACUAGACGCCGAGCAGAAGCGGCGCAUGAGCACGAAGGACGAAAAGGUGCUGCAGGAGGAGUACAGCAAGGCAAAGAUGGCGAAGGCGAUCUCGCACGCGAUCUCGCACGAGUUGGAACAGUCCGCCUCGCAGAUGGAACGCAAGAGCCACCGCCGCUCCCACGCGGCCCUGCUGACGGAAGAGCACGCGCGGCGCCUGGAGGACGUGCCGCUGCCAUCGCAGGAACAUAUCAACACCAUGCAGCCCGUGCUCCGCAGUAUCCGCUCCGAGGUCGUGCAUAAGGAGUAAGAAGAGAUCAUUUAUUGGCAACAUCGCACGGUAGAUGAUGCUUUUUGCUGCGGGCUCGUGCCUGCGGUAAUGGCACGAGAAACCAGCGGAAAGUACGGAAUUUCAGUGUUCCUUGAAGUAGACGUAGUCAUGGACAAUUUGAAUUUUCGUAGGUCGUCCUCGAUGUAUGGAUUCAAAAGAUAGUCGUGAUUUACGCGCUAGUUGGCGCUGUCACAAAGUAGUGUUGGAUUGGUCGUGCAGUAGCUUUCUUCGCAGCUGUCGUUACCUCUCUACGAUAUUCGGUGCAACUUGUGGAGUCUACCCAACACCCAGUUGGAUGAUCUCCUUCGAAAUGCGCUGCUAGGUCUAAAAAUAUGAAGUUACGCUAUGGUUGCUCGUCGGCAUGUAUUCAUUGACUUACCCGAAUGGGCGAGCAGCGUGCCUACUGAGCUUCGAGCAGUGUGACAUAUUGAUGCGAUGUCAUUUUGCGUGCAUUUAAGUACAUAGACUCGUAGCUAACCUGCGUUCUGAAUGUCUUUCAUAUGAAGACUGAACUUCAUUGUCACCACGAUUCUCCGUCGCUUUUUUUUCAAUUUACAUGCAUCCUUUCUUCCUAGUAAGCCUGCAGAGCAGCCUACUAUAUUCACAUAGGGAUUGGGAAUUACUCCAUUCGAAAGCGCUGCGCUUACCGGUGCUACGGUCUUUUCAUUUUUUUUUGUCGGUUUCACGUGAGAAAUUUUGUCAGACUACGUAAAUUAAAAAAACACAUAGCUUGUCUAUCAACAAGUGCGUUUACAGAACAAGCUGUUGCACUUCUGUAGCUGGGGCUGCACCAGUUCCACCCCGUCGACCUCGUCUUGCGGUCACAGCUAAUAUUACCUGCCGCACACACACCAGCUGCUCCAUAUGCAGUUUACUGCAAAAGCAAAAGGAAAUCGACCUCUAGUGCCAGCAGAACGCAUGUUUCGAACCAUCAUUAGAAGUUUGACGAGUUUGCUACCUGUAACACAAAACAAGAUUUCUGAGUACUGCAAGAACUGAAGGAUGUUCAUUUUCUCUCCUUCUUUGUUCGUUGCCUGUCGGUGUCGCUUUUUCAUUUAAUUUUCGUUGUCGUCGCUAGAAGAUGUUUACAACUCGCUUCCACUAGCUCGCUAACCACUACUUUGCCCUUCUUGGAGGCGCAAACAGGAAGGAGAGCAGGAGGUGUAGUGCGACGAGAAAAUUCCUUCACUGGUUUUCGUACUUCUAUUGCGCAGAGCUAGUUAGUUGUGCCAGUCGUUUUCGUAUUCGUUUCGCUUUUCAUCCUGAGUUGGCCGCAAAAA